UCAUGUUAUCUGCCGAUAGCAAGCGAUAACUGAUUUUAAUAAAGGAAAGAACACUUUGUUUCUGUUGUAUCGGACGUGUUUGAUGUUUUGUGUUUAUUAUUUACAUAAACACAAUUUCACUAAUCAUUUGGUUAUAAGGUUAUUUAUUGAGAAUAUGACAAAUAUACCCACCUACUUCGAUUCGGUAACAUAGACCGCAGCCAUCAUGUUCGAAGGCGCAGUCGCCGGGAUCCUCAACAGACUCCUCGGCAAGUACGUUCAGGACCUGGACACUGAGAACCUCAACGUGGGAAUAUUUUCCGGCAAUGUCAACCUCGCUGAUCUUAAGCUUAAACCUGAAGCUCUGUACGAGCUAGAUCUACCAAUCGAUGUCAAAAUUGGAACCAUCGGAAAAAUCAACUUGCAAAUACCAUGGUCCGGUCUGUACACCCAACCAGUGCUCGUUCACAUCGAAGACGUCCUCAUAUUGGUUGGACCAGCGAUCUCCAACAGCAACUUCGAUCCAGAAAGAGAAAGAAGGCUAACACGAGCAGCCAAGAGGAAGAUUCUUCAGGAUUUAGAAGCGGAGAGCGAGGUGUUGAAAGGACCGCAGAAUUUCUUUGGCAAUCUUUUCACGGCUAUAGUAAAUAACCUGCAGAUUUACGUAAGGAAUGUUCACGUGAGAUAUGAAGACUCUAUCAGUUCCAAAGAUGGGCCGCUUGCGUGUGGCUUGUGUUUGCAGAGUCUCUCUAUUGAGACUACUAAUAGCAAAUGGAAAGCUUCAGUGACCCCAGCAAACGCAUCAACAGUGUACCAAAUGAUGAGAGUAGAGUCACUCUCCCUCUACUGGAACCCCACAGCCACAGCUCUCGAUGAUGUGGAGAUAGCACACAUCACUCCCAUGCAGUAUUAUAACUGGAAGCAUUACAUGCUGACUGGUUUGGACAAGUUCUCUAUGCAUCAUGAGGAUUUCGAGUUUCUGCUGAAACCUGUAACCUGUAAAGUGAAGGUGAUAAUCAACCGGUCGGGCGAGCCGCGGGUGCCGAGAUUACUCCUGGAUGCUGUGCUGCAGGACAGCGCUCUGCAACUUUCUCGACGGCAGUACCUCUCCAUUGAGAACCUGCUAGCGUCUUUCCAGAGGAUCACUCUUAAUAGGAAGUACCGUCACUUACAUCCAGGAGUGCCACUUUUGAAGGACGUAAAGAAAUGGUGGCGUUACGCUUUCAACGUCGUGAUGGAGCAGCGAGUCAGACCUUACACCUGGGCAGCGAUCAAGAGGCAUCGGGAAAACUACAACAUUUACAAGAAGACGUACAAAAGCACGCUGAGGAGUCCCAACGAUAUUGAACUGAAGUUGGACCUGCAGAAGUGCGAAGAUAGUCUCCCGAUCAUAUCGGUGGUUAUUGCGAGGGAGCAAGCGAAGUUUGAACUCCUUACACAAGAACCAGAACGAAUAGAAGUGGCCGAAACGGAAUUCGAUUGGUGGAAGCCCACGUCAGAUUCCGAGAACGAUUCAGACAAUGAAACUAAAUCUCGUGUAGAGCUCUGCGUGAAGACUGAACGGUGCAAAAGCCUUUGGAGCCAUUUGUCCAGUCCUGAAAAGAAAAGAGUUUGCGAACUUAUUGGCUAUGCUGAAGGGGAGCCUAGGCAGGACAAGUCUAAACAGUAUAUUGAGCACAAACUUAAUUUGACGUUGGCGAAUUGCACGUUGACAAUGAUGAACAGAAGUAAAGAAGUCCUGGUCAUAAGCCUGACGCAGUUCCUCGCAUCAUUGGAAACGCGACCCUCUGCGAAAGCAUAUAAGGUGUCAGCGCGAACAGAAAGCAUAGUAAUAGAAGGCAUGUCCUCUGAUGGAGAGCUGGUGCCACUUCUGAUAGCUGCUCAGGGCUCCACGGUGGGAAGCAAUACAGUAUUGGCUUUGGAUGUGGAGAAGAAUCCAGCGAACAGCCACGCUGACUUGGGAGUUACAUGCCAUGUUGAACCUGUUGAAAUGGUCUAUGUGGAGCAUGCAUUCACAGAGCUGAUAAACUUCUUCCAAACCCACUCGAUGACAUCUGAGGAGUUAGCGGAGGAGGUGUCCCUGGCAGCUGAGCAAGUAACCGCCAUGAGCAAGUCAGUGUUGGCGCACGCGAUCAGUCGCCGGAAGAUAUUCCAUCUCAACGUGGAUCUGAAGGGACCUGCUGUCAUUCUGCCGGAGCAUGGCUGUGUCCACAAGCCAGGUCGUGUGAUGGUGCUGGACAUAAACCGGAUAGUGAUAAAGUCCGACCUGCAGCCUCUUAACCUCACGCUCGAGGAUGCGACGUGUAUGGAGCUGGAAGAGCGGCUCUACGACAGGUUCCACGCUGAAUGCUCGGUUCAAGUACUGUUCUGUGAAUGGACGGAUCCGUGGAGGGAGGCGCGAAAGAAUGGAGAUUCAGAGUUGCACCUGGUGCCGCGGCUCAAGGCGCAGUUAGUCUUCUCUACCAGCAUCAAGAAGGACUAUAAACUUCUUCCCAGAUACAAGCUCAACAUAUCGCUAUCAAGUCUUAAGUUCAACCUCUCGGAUCGCAUCAUCGGCCACCUGCUGGACUUCUUUGACAACCUGCCGGUCCCCACGCCCAACACUGUCCCAGUCUCCUUCAUGGACUCUGGAGAUUAUGUCGAAGAGAUCGUGGAUCCUGAACUUUUGGAAGCCUUUGAGCUGGACAAGGUUACUGCAGAUCCAGGGUAUAAAGAGCUGGUUAAAUUGAGGCAGAAGAUUGUAGCGGCUUACUUUAGUAGGAACAGGGCAGCAGAAACGAUGGUGGAUGGUGAGAGUACCAAGUCGCCAGCUGAAGAGUCCCUCCCCACAGCGGACUUCAGUGAUGAGGAUGUGGAGGAAUAUGCCCGGUCGGUGGACCUUCCCGGGUUCGAUGACAACGUGUCACCCAGCAAUACUAUUGGAACUUUGAUGAGGUUUAUUAUAGGGGAAAUCGUCAUCAACCUGAGCCGAUCAAGUGAACUCACAGAUAAACCUUAUGUUAUGUUGAGCAUCAGUAAAGUGUGUUUGGAUGUGGCACUGAUGCAGUUCGGUCCAGCUGUCCAACUGUCCGUGGGGCAAGCGCUGCUCACUGAUAAGCAGCAUCAUAGCAGCUCUGGACAGUAUUUAGAACUGCUUACCAGUUCUGGAGAAUUGUUUAAUUUGCUGUAUAGGAAGGUACGAGCGAAUUGUCCAGAAUUCCGUUCUCACUUCCACAAUGUAGAGCAAGCCCUGGUGGCAGAUGUUGGGCCACUUGCGUUGUUGGUCCACGCUGCAGCACUCACGACUCUUUUCAAGUACUUGCAUUACAUAAACCGCAAAAUUCAAAAACGUCACUCCCUGAACAUAAAGAACCUAGUUCUCCCGAAGGCUCAAUCAUUGUGGGACUACUUGAUGAGACCUGCUGAUGAUCCGCCCGUUCCGCCUGGUGCUACCAAGUUCAGCUAUUCUGUUCGGUUGUCCUCGGUAACAGCUCGUCUCUGUCAGGUUGAGAACCCGUUUGUUGAAGUGCGGGUGACGUCACUGGAGAGCGAUUGCGUGUUCCGAGCUAAUGACCGCCUCAUCUUCAAGCUGUUCCUGGGCUCACUGCAUGUUGAAGAUCUGGCUGAAGCUACGCUUUAUCCUAAGCUCGUUUGGCCAGAUGAGGACAAGGUGAUAGAGAUAAAGUACGUGCGCGCAGCGGCGGGGUCUCGAGCGCGCUCUGACGCCGAGCUGCGCGUGUGUGUGGGCAGGCUACACGUCGUGUUCUUCUGCUCUCUGCUUUAUCAGCUGCAGCAAUUCCUUGAGCCAUUGGUACCAACUGCCGCUGCAACGGAAGCAGCGGCGGCAGCGGAGCGCGCGGCGCAGGAGCGAGCUGCGUCCAUUAGAACUGCGCCUUUGAAAGUCAACCUGGCUAUUGAGGUUCAUGCACCAGUAUUACUUCUUCCACAAAAACCUUCCUCACCAAAUUUAUUAGUUUUAAACAUGGGUGACUUGUUAAUCGAGAACUUCUUCAAAACGGUAAACGCUAGCAUCGAGGCGACCAACCCAGUACUUAGUCCAGUAAUCGAUAAUGUGUUAAUCAAGCAUGUCAAUAUAACACUCUCGCGCGCUGUUAUGACAUUGGCUGGCACUUUGGAAGUACAGGAACCUAUCCUAGAGCCUAUAUCCGUGAACUGCGACUUGAAAAGAGCCGUCAGUUAUGCUCAGGUGGCGAAUAUAAACGCGUACAGAGACUUACUUCUCUGCGAUGCCAAUAUAGUCAUGGACACUGUAUCCCUCAACCUCGGUCAGAAGGAUUUAGCCACUGUUCUGGCAGUUUGGAGUGACAAUUUCAGCGAAGUGCAUUAUAUCAGUAGCAUAACUCCAAGUUCUCCAGUAGAAAUAGCGCCAUCUGAAGCAACAGUUAAGAAGCUCCAAGCAUUUUUCGCUCAAGGAGAGCCUGUAAGGAAAGAAUCAGUUGUCAGGUUCACUUUGGAAGGAAUAGAGUUAAAGUUAUUCUCAGACAUGGAUGAGGUACUCAGCUCACCAGUUCGCGACUUGAACCAUGGUCUGGCAAAAGUGACAGCCGGCGAAGCUAACGUACACUUCGACUAUUACUCCGACAGCAGCAUUGAAGUCAAGGCCAGUUUACAGAGUCUUCUCAUUGAGGAUAUACGACCUGAUACCACUAUCGCUAUUAGGAGAAUUUUCGAAUCUCAAGGCGGUGGUACCCGUGCAGGCGGUGGGUUUUCCGUGGUCAGACCAGCUUUACUGGAAGCGUCUUUACGCCGCUCAGCUCGCGCCGUGACUCUUGAUGUAAGAGUGGAACGAACACGACUUAAUCUCUCCCUGCCCUUCCUGCUAAGACUCGCGAAGAGUUUGCUAGAUGCUAUGCCAGGGGAGAAGAUACUAGAAGGUGGUGUGAUUAACCAUGGAUAUGUGGGCGAUGGACCAACGCGCACCAAUAAUAACAGAGCGGCAAGAUUCCCUAGCUCCAGUGAUUCUACAAGUGGCUAUUAUUCUACAGCAACCUCAGUAUCAGAAGACAUGCCAAGCCUAUCAAUAUCAGUACAAUGUCGACAACCUGAAGUCAUGUUCUUCACUGAUCUGAUGAAAACAGAAGGUCACGCCUUACUCCUCAGAACAGAACUCCUCAUUGACUACUCCAGCCAUUCUAAUACUGAAAGCCUAGUGAUAUCUUUAGCUGGUCUUCAAGUUAUGUCCAAAUUACAAUCGAAGUUAAAGAAUCUGCCGCCACAAUUGGUUUUGAAGCCAUGUGAUCUGGAGUUUUCCAAGAGUUUCAAGAAUUUGGAGGAGGGUAUUAUGGUUCGCCUGUCCGUUUCGGAGAUCGAUGUUCAUAUUGCUGCCACUACUGUGCAUACUGUGAUGGAUAUCAUAGAAGAAAUAACAACAGAACUAACAAUACCAGAUGAGAAAGACUGUUUCAAUUUCGCCACUUACAAUCCAAGGUCAGAGAAACAGGAUGAAGAUCUCUGGUCCCCAAAAAAGUUGACUCCAUAUGUGGGCUUCCACGCUGAAGAUAGCUACAUCCAGCCGAAAUAUCCCAGUGCGAUGCCGGUGGAAACUUUUGUGGUGACCGUACCAGUAGUUCGUGUGACUUUUGAGAUUGAGCAUACUGUUAGAAUUCCUGUUUUGCUUGUAAAGCUCUCUGCAGAGGUAUCUUUACACGACUGGUCUCGACAACUACACGGAGGUGGAUCUCUCAGCGCGCAGGCUCGGGUUUACAACGAGCGUUUGGACGCAUGGGAACCACUUCUUGAGCCGGUGAUGCAAGACAAUAUCCAACGACCUUGGGAAAUCACUGCUACAUUAUUUCAAGCCAAAGCAUAUCCUAUGUCAUCACAACUAGACACCAAAAGCCAAGAAACAACGAUGGCUGACGCGGUCCCAGCAGAACCAAUACGAAAAACCAAAAAGAAAAAUGAAUUUGAAUCGGAAACAUCUGCAGAUGAAGCAGAUACUGAUAACGAAAUGGUUUUCAUAAAGAACCCUAAUGGAAAAGAGAAUAAGGGUUACAAGGUUGAUUUCAACGCGUGCAAUAUGUCUUUCCUGAAAGCUCUGGAUGUUGAGGAAUCAGAUUCAGAUAAUGAAAAUGGAAUGGAAAAGUUAACUAAUGCUAUUGGACAUUUGUUUACCGAUAGUGACUCAAGCAUCGAUGAUCUAAGUAACGAUGAAGAUUCUUCAGCACCGGAGCAGAGUGAAGUUGAAGUGAGUGAGAGGGAAGAAGAAGAAGAUGAAAACGAAGGAAAAGCUAUUACGUAUGUCGAUGGAGAAGAGAAGAAGAAACUAGAUAAUAGAAGUGUUACUGUGCAGGAACCAGAAAGACAAGAUAGUGUGGAGUCAUCUAUAGAAGAUACUCGUCUCUGCACCUAUAUAGCGCUUGAAGCACGGUCGCCGUUAAACAUUACUUUAGCUCCAUCAGCUGUAAGAGCGCUGCAAGCGCUUUCAAACGCUAUAACUGAUCGAACAGCAGCCGUUACUGCUAUCGUGGCUGCUGAGAGUGGAUUGCAGUUGAUAAAUGACAUAGGCCCGGGAUCAACGGUGCAUCUCAGAACACAUGCUGAGACUGAUCUGGCGGGCAACGAUCGCGUUCUAGCGGUAGCUGACUACGACCACUCCAGCCGACCUAGCACACCCGGCUGUGAUACUUCGGGAGCGGAUUUGCUAGACGACGUCGAAAAAGAAACUAAGCAAGAGAUGACUGAUAUUAGUGACGAAUGGGACUGUUUCGAAGGUGGAUUUCCAGCAAGUGCCGCCCCAGCAGGAACGGAAGGGGAGUCCCCGGGUGCUCCGCCCGCUAUCGCUGAAUUGCUUCGAAAAUUAACUGAUCAGACUUUGUCUAUACGGCUGCAUGAUUUCGAUCAUCUUAACAUCGUGUGCCCUCAACGCUCGGUGUCGAAGCUUCAUGUCCUGCAUCCGAGUAAGAACGGAACCCGCUACUACAUCGUGGUGGAGAGGAACUCUAAAUACAACAACAAGAAAAUUAUCGUCAGGUCACCCUUGCAGGUCCGUAAUGAAACGUCCUACGCUCUGGAGUUGCUCUACCGGCAAUCAGACCUAGAAGCGGCGGGGGAAGAACCCGUAGGAGCUGUGCGGAACCCGUUCUGUGGUCUACUGCGCUUGGCCGUGCUAGCGCCUCACGACACUUACAACGUUCCUCUUUAUAUCGCUUAUCACUGCAAGUUGUUUCUCGUUCCUACUAAUUUUGAAAGCUAUCAGGCAGCGACUCAAGGUAUAUGGUGGAUGGAGCUGGCGAAUGAGCUGGGCAGUUCUCACGAUGUAGUCUGCCCGGCCAUGGCCGAUGACGAUCCCAGCGUCUUUGCAAUGAGAGUGGUUCCAGUGGAAGGUUGCCAGUCCCACAAAGUAUCUCGCUCGAUACCUAAUCUGCUAAUUCGAAUCCUGCCUCCCUUGGGGGUCCAUAACCGUCUUCCACACGCCCUGCAGCUAUCGGGAGGUCACGUCAAGGUCAGGGUGGAAGCUGGAGAAAGAGCUCACGUGUAUACGUUGCGGCCGAAUCAUUCGCACAAACUGACUUUAGAGAUAUACUAUCUUGGGUUGCCGUGGUCCGGGACGUUUACGUAUUCUCCAGACAUGACAGAGAAGACUAUAAGCAUGACAACGGAGUGUGAGACGGAGGGUGGCAACAAGCGGCUCAUAGUGCGGGCUCGCUUGCAAAGAGGACCUAACCUGCGCCUACUGCUGUACGCGCCGUGCUGGUUCAUUAAUAAGACCGGGCUUCCGUUACAGAUUAAGGGUCGGUCAGACACUUGUUACGAGUUGACAGACGAGCCGCUGCUGUGGUGCGAGCGCGGGGCGGGCGCAGGCGCAUGCGGGGGCGAGCGGGUUAGGGUGCGCGCACACCAGUCCGGCUGGUCCCGCGCCGCAAGACUGCACGCGCAUGCGCCUGGCUUGCUAGUGUGCGCGCACACUGAGAGGCGGUUGAAUUAUCGGAUGUUGUUACAUGUAACCCUCUCGGAAUUAUGCCCACAACUGACCAAGAUAGUCACAUUACUUCCCUACUUCAUCGUCUACAACGACACAAAGAAACAUCUCCGCUUUAUGGAGGAAAACGAAGCGGCGGACUUGUGGAUGGAUCUGGCACCGCAGCAGUGCACGCCAUUCUGGCCCCAAACGGAUUCAAUGGCAAUGCACUGCAAGUAUAGGGACUCUACCGUCGUCUCGCAGCAUUUCUCCAUCACUAAGAACCAUUUUACUGUGCUCAGGAUGGAUAAAGGAUCGGCGAUCUGCGUGGAUGUGACUGGAGGCACGGAUAGGCCGUUCACCAUCACCUUCAAGCCAUACGUUGCUGGUGACGCGCCUUUACGCAUCGACAACCUCUGUGAUGACCUGUUCCUCAAAUUACAUCAGGCUGAUUCCGGACAAGUGGCACUACUGAGCCCCUACCAAUCCAUGUUAUACACGUGGGACGAUCCGGUGAAGGAAAGGAAAAUGUUAUGGAACAUCUACAAUAAUAAGGGAAAAGGAUUUCUUGCAGAUUUCUCACAAGAUGGAUUUGGCGAAGAGAAAGUUAGCUUCCAUUCAGUAAAGCAUUCAACUUUAAUAGCAACGAAUAGCGUAACUUCAAAACUAUCGUCGACUCUUAAACGACUUACUCCCAGGUCUCCUGAGCCGAGCACUUCAAGCAGUGACGACUCUGAUAGUUUCGAAAUACUAGAAGCCCACACUAAACCGAAUAAAAAGAUGAGAAAAGACAAAGUCAUAGUCUACUGGAUAUCAUUCAUGGAUGGCUAUCAGAGAGUCUUUGCUUUAGCUCAAGACGAAAGAAUAGCUUACCAAUACAAAAUGAGAAUUAACUCUGAACGGAGCAAUUAUGAAGUCUACAUGUCUCUUGCAAGUGUUGGUUUAUCAGUCUGCGUGCAAACUGGCAACGGAGUCAAAGAACUUUCGUAUAUAAGUCUAACAGAUUCUCUUCCAAAAUGGGAAGUCAAUGUCGGGAAUAAAUGGAAACAAUUAGCCACAGACGUAACCGCAUGGAUAGAAGACAAAUACCAAACGGAACAGAAGAAGUGCCAGUUGAAAGAAUUCUUACACAUAGACUUAGAGAAAAUGCAGAUGACGAAACCGUUUUUCUCCGAAUUGAGGAGGUCGUACAACCCCAGCGUAUGGUUACAGUUCCGGAAAUCUGAUACGUUUACGUACUGCCAUUUGAAAUUACAAAGACUGCAAAUCGAUAACCAGUUACACGAAGCUGUUUUCCCUAGUGUACUUUACCCCGCUCCCUUACCUCCACAUUUGAAGGCUAAAGACGCUAGACCUUGCGUUGAAAUUGUCACAUUAAAGCAAUAUAGGCCAAAUUUAAACCAGGACGUUUAUAAAUACUUUAAGGUUUUGAUACAAGAGUACUGUGUUAAUUUAGAUAGAGGUUUUGUUAAUCACAUUUUCGAUAUAAUGAAUCAUUGGAAGAUUGAAGAGAAGCCUGCUGUGAGGUUGCGAGCUGAUUUGGCUUUGGUUCAUAUGCCUUUACCGGUUAUUGCAAUGAGGAGUCAGACUUGUGCGCAGAGAGACGUAGUUUUUGAGUUUGUUCACUUAUCUCCCAUCAAGCUGGUACUAAGUUUGUCGUCUCGAGGGUAUUCCAAUGAAAAUGUUGAUAGUCCAACGAAGGCGCGAUAUGGGAACCUGAAGGAAAAUCGGCCGAAGCUUUUUAAUAGUGAUCUGUUGGAAUAUUUGUUUAACUCGUGGGGAUCCUCACUUUGUGAUAUGAAGGACGUUGUUAUCAGAAUGAGUUUUCUAGAGCUUCGAAAUGCCCCCAUUACGAUAUCCAGUCUAAUAGAUGUAGCAAGUCGUCAUUAUCGGCUUCAGUUGGUGCAGCAGUUCUAUGUUCUAGUACUCGGGCUGAACAUCCUCGGGAAUCCAUACAGCUACAUUGGAGACUUCUCGAAAGAGCUGAAGGAUUAUUAUGAGCCGUGCUUGGCAACAGCAUGUUCCCGCAGAGUUUCUGAUGCAGCUUUAGCGUUAUUCAACGGGGCAGCUAAGUUGUUGGGUUGCACAAGCGACUACACUGUACCAAACGUAUUUGAAGAUGCACCCAAAUUACGUCCGCCAAAACGACGCUCUGGUGAUGAAGGCAAGAUUGUAGAUGAUUUACCCGAAGCAGUAAUAGAAGCGAACAGAAACAAUCCAGCGAGCGUUGCUCUUGCAGUUACCGGUCUUAUCGCAAGACCGACAUUUGAUGAAGACUUUGUUAUAGUGAGAUAUAUAUGCCGUGAAGCAGCUCGAGCGGCACUGUCUCGUCAAGUGGGAGUGGACAGCGCGGAGGCGGCGCUGAGGGCCUGUGUGCAGCGCUCGGGCGGCCGGCUGGUGGCCAGGCGGCGACUGCCCAGACAUUGUUCUGCUGUAGAGGGUCUCCGACCAUACAGUGCGGCAGCGGCGCGUGGCUCAGCUCUGUUGUGUCAGCUGGCACGAGGCCACUACGCCGAUACCGACAGUUACGUGGCGCACGCGCAUCUCGGACGAACUUCGCUAUCCACGCUGCUUGUUUCCACGCAACACAUAUUCCUGGUGCGAGCGGGCGGCGCUAAGGGCUGGCACGUCGAGUGGGCGGUGAAGCUGGACGACCUGCUCGGAGUGCCGCAGGCGAGGGACGGGAAGCUCGUGUUGAGUAUCAAGCAGGAUGAAAUGGUGAACUACUUCUCAACGGAUGAAAAAGAGAUCGAAAUCGCAGAGCCAGAAGUUCUGACGUGGCUGCGGGCCAAGAUAGAGUGUGCGCUCAUACACGCCAUGGAAGACAAGAGGUGUUCCAGCGAUCAGUAAGAGACCUGGAGGAGAUGGAAAUUUAAGGGUAUCGGGGUAAUUUAGUGGUGGAAAUACUGACAUAUUAUUGUAUCAAAAUUUUAUAAGUAUCUACUUACCUACAGUGCUAUCACUUUUAUAAGUUACAUCAAGUAUUAAGUUU